AUGUCACUCCCGUUAACGAUCAUUUCAACCAUCCAUCCACCCUUUCUCCUCACAGCGUUUGCCUAUGGCGCAACGGGAGCAGGAAAAACCUACACCAUGUUGGGCUCAGAGAAAAGCCCUGGCAUCAUGUACCUCACCAUGGUGGAACUUUACAAAAGGAUUGAGGCCAGAAAGGAGGAGAAGAUCUGUGAGGUCCUAGUCUCCUACCAGGAGGUGUACAACGAACAGAUCCAUGACCUGCUGGAGCCCAAGGGCCCUCUGGCCAUCUGGGAGGAUCCCAAGAAAGGAGUUGUGGUUCAGGGUCUGUCCUUCCACCAGCCCAUGUCGGCAGAGCAGCUCCUGGAGACGUUGGCUGCUGGCAACAAAAAACGGGUACAGCAUCCCACCGAUGCCAAUGCCACCUCCUCCCGCUCACACGCCAUCUUCCAGAUCUGUGUGAAGCAGUGGGAUCGCAUUUGCGGCCUCACUCGGGAUUUUCAAGUGGCCAGGAUGAGCUUGGUCGACCUGGCAGGCUCAGAGCGAUCUUCGGUCACCGACACCAAGGGAAAGUGGCUCUGGGAGGGCACCAACAUCAACCGCUCACUGCUGGCCCUCAUCAAUUUCAUCAAUGCAUUGGCUGAUGGAAAGAGCAAGAAAACCCACAUCCCGUACCGGAACAGCAAGCUCACGCGCUUGCUGAAGGACUCCAUUGGUGGCAACUGCCGUACCACCACGAUCACCGCUGUGAGUCCCUGCGUGCUGGCUUAUGAGGACACCUACAACACACUCAAGUAUGCCAGCCGGGCCAAGGACAUCAAGCAGUCACUGAGGAGCAAUGUGCUCAGCAUAGACUCCCACAUCAGUAAAGACGCCGCGAUCUGUAAGCGGCUGCAAGCAGAGGUGGCAGAUCUGCAGGCAAAGCUUCGUGCCUAUAAGGAUGCUGCACGGGAGGCAGAGAACCAAGUCCUGGUGUCCCCUGUGUCAAGGAGCCCACAGGGUUUUCAUGGGCUGGAGGAAGCUGUCCCAAAGACAGGCUUGGCCCUGGAUGAUCAGAGGGAGAGUGAUGGAGAGGAGCAGCAGCUGAAAGCUGGAUGGCCUGUUAAGCUGCAGCUGGAAUCGGAGGAGGCUCCAGAGGAAAUGCUUCCCAGCAGCCCCAGAGCAACCCACCAGACAGAUCUCCAGCUGGAACUGAAGAAACCAAGCUGCCUUUUACAGGGGUUGUCUGGCAGCCAGACAGAGAUGCUUGUAGCUGCCAUCCUGAGCGUUGCCCGAAAGCAAUAUUCAGUCUUGAAGGCUGCCAGCCUCCUUGCUCCUGACAUGGUCUCUGAAUUUGAGGAACUGGAGCACCUGGUCCAUCAAGAGGCUGGUGUAAGCCUGGAGCAAGGCACAUCUCUGAACAGAUCCACAGAAGUCAGCGCAGCCACCUCAGUCCAGAGGGUGCAGCAGGGCUGUAAUGCUGAGAUGUCUUUUGCUGUGCCCAGUACCCCUGUGAGGAGUGCCACCCUACAAUGCUUGGAGCAGGUUGCUCCACUCUCCCGUCCCACACCAAUGGCUCCCAGCCCGACGAAGAAGAGGAGGAGGUCUGAGGUGAACAGUGCUUCCCAAGUGGGAGCUCCCUGCAGCCUCAAAACGCAGACGAAACUCCAGCGGAGAUGUGGGAAAGAAGCAGAGACUCCCAGGGUGACACCAAGCCCAGGCACCCUCUGCCUCAAAGCAGCAGCCCAGGCACCCCCUGUCUCCCCUGUGUCAUCGUGUUGCACCCCCGGAACCUCCCUGCUGACAGCCACCAAAAGAUGUGUGCCCCUGAUGGUGUCAGCUGCCCAAAACGGCUGCACCCAGCCUGCCCUGCCUGUCCACAACCUGAAUGUGACUUUUGAUAUUUACGAGGACAGCAGCUCACCUGGCGCAGACAAGCCGGUUGCCUUCAACCCAUCUGAGUUCUCUGUUUGGGAGAGCAUCCAGAACAUUCUAAACAAGCAGAACAGCGUCUUUGUGGCCAAAACCUGCAUCCCAUUGUCUGUCAUCAGGGGUUCCUCCAUCCCCAAGCCCUCCUCUGUCUCCAGAGUACCCGCACAGAAGCGAAAGAGAGUGGAGAGCACUGCUUCCCCCUCCCUGGGUGUGCUCCAGAGCCACAUCAGCCAACUUCUGAGCAGCAGCCAGAGAUCUCGGCAGCCCUCCCGCAUCCCUGAACCUCGUUCAAGUGCCAUUGCUUGGAAGGGCAGCAAGGAGACCAGUAAAAAGCCUGUGGCUCUUGGCAGCGCCUGCCCUCGUCCCACCCCCCAGCCAAUGAAGCUCUUAUGCUGA